AGGACUCCAGGCUCUCCCCCUCAGCCUCCGCCAUGUUGCCGGAGCGACCCGAGGCCCCGCCCCACCCGCGCGAGAGCCGAGCGGGCCGGCGGCUGAGGGCCUGGCUGCCCCGGAUAAUGCCGGUGAGAUGGACCCGCUACAACCCCAGCUACCUGGAGCCAGAAGUAAAAAAGGAAUCGUAUCGGAGACCUUUAGAAGAGCUGACUGAGGAGGAAAGGGAACAAAGGGAGCUUAAGGCUGUUCGACCAAUCAAAGCUGCUCCUCCCACUCUCUCCAGUUCUGUGUUCAGCGACCCUAUCAUCAGUAAAUUCACCAAUAUGAUGAUGAAGAGUGGAAAUAAAGUGCUAGCCAGAAGCCUCAUGUCUCAGACUCUGGAGAACAUUAAAAGGAAGCAGCUGGAGAAGUACCACAAAGCUCCAGAAAAUGAGAAGGAGACAAUUGAAUGCAACCCCUACGUAAUCUUCCACCAGGCUCUCAAGAACUGCCAGCCCAUCAUCGGGCUUAGCAACAUCACCAAAGGAGGCAAAACCUACCAGGUGCCCGUCCCACUGACGGACAAUCGGAAACGCUUCCUGGCCAUGAAGUGGCUGAUCACCGAGUGCAGGGAGAACAAGCACCGCCGGACCAUGAUGCCAGAAAAGCUCUCCCAGGAACUGCUCCUGGCCUUCAACAACGAGGGGCCUGUCAUCAAGAGGAAGCACGUCCUGCACAAGAUGGCAGAGUCCAACCGGGCGUACGCCCACUUCCGCUGGUGGUAGGGACCCUCCGUGGGACACGCUGCCCCGGCCCGGAGAGCAGAGCCCCAGGGCUGCCAGCCUGGGAAAGGUGGAAUAUCCCUUGCAGGCAGCUUUUGAUCUAACCCAGGGAAAGCUCACACCACCCCACAAGGUUGUUUUUCUUUGUGCUUGUUUGGAUGGGGGAAGGGGAAAUCUGAGUUAUCGGCCCCAGCAGGGCUGCUCCAGUUAUUUCAAAUCACUUCCCUGUGAAGACAAGCCUUAGAUGUUUUUCUUUCAGCAACGCUAAACAAAACCAUCUUUCACUUACCUGUUUCCUGGGGAUCUGAAAGUCUCUCUUCCCCUCAAAUCAGCAAUGUUUUUGGCUGCAGAGCUAAGAGCAGAGGGAUUGGUACAACAAGCAAUAAAAGGCCCUUUGUGAUUUUUGGUUUUGGUCAUCAGCAACAUGGUCUGCACAGAUUUGAUGGGAAUGUUGACAAAAUAAAUCCAGUUUUAUGAGAAAGGUUUCCCAGUUCCAGACCUUUGUCUCUGUUGCUCCAACUACCCUGGUUGUGUAAAGCUCUGAGGCCCUAGACUGGAGCAGACACUGAGCUAUCACAGCCUUAGGGCUUCAGUCAGGAGCAGCCCUUCAGUAUUGCUCAGCAGCUGUGCAGGGAGAAAACAGGGCACAUGUUAGUGGAAAACUUUUAUUAGGAAAAAAUCCUUCAAUAGACUAUUUUGUUUCCUUUCUUCAUCUCCUGUUCUUAUAAGAAAUAUACCACAGCUGAAACUUGCAAAAUUCUAAAAAAAAAAGUUAAAGUUAUUGUAUAAAAUCUAUAAAACCCAUUCCUACAUGUGCUCAAGGACCUCUCCUUUCUCAAGCUACCCCGUGGCAGGUAUUCAUGGCUGUGGGAGAGGCUGUGUACAUGCAGGUGCAGCCAGCAUGCUGGAAGGAGUCUGGGAAAAAAAAGCACUUGGUUGAGCUGUUUGUGAGACCGUGGUGUGUUCUGGGACCUGUCCCAGAGAACCAGGUGCAACCUGAGCUGGGAGAUUUCCCUGCUGCCUCCCACAGCUCUGCUGGCUUUGGCGUGAAGCAAAAUGUUCUCAGUCUAAACUGUGCUUUCCUUAACACUCAUAGAAAAUGCUGGUGUGAGCUAGAAGCCUCCUGAACCCUUUGCUGGCAGCAGCUCAAUAUUGAGACAAAAUCGGUGGGAGAAUGUGCUGGGUGAAGCAUGCCCUUCCCACCACUCUGAACCUCCAAAGACCAGCACCAGCUGCAUCUGACAGUAGGUGCAGAGAGGCUCUAGACAGUAUAAAUCCUAUUUACAGGAAGUGCUAGAAAACUAAUGUGAAAAAUUCCAACUUGGUACAAAGCUUGCUGGCGAAGGUGCUGAGGAUUCCUGUGCUGUGG